AUGCAGACAACAGCAGGCUCCAGUUUCCUCAGAGCAGAGGUUGAUCUAGCUCAGGAAGAAGCUCGGAAGCGUAAGGCAGAGAAGACCAAGACCCUCGGCUCCCCUAUCGAGGUCCCCGGGAAGCCUCUGGCUAUCACUAUUCAAGGAUCGGGAGCCUGGACGGCCGAGAGCAACGCCAUAGCCAGGCUAAUCGACUUGGAGUCUGGGAAGACGCGCAAGAUAUUCAAAGGUCAUAGCGGACCUGUCACAUCGCUCGUCCUCCACGACAAUGGCAGGAUAUUGAUCACAGGUUCUUGGGAUCAGACAAUCAGGGUAUGGAAUACCCAGACCAAAGAGGUGAUCUCAUCUACCGCUGCUCAUACGGACUUCGUCAAAGGCCUUUUUAUUAUCCCCUCCUUGAAUCUCCUCGUAUCCGGGAGUUCAGACAAGACAGUCAGGUUCUGGGAUCUCUCAGACGUGCGGUCUGCACAACCUCUGGUCUCAACUGGCUCGAUUUCCGCGCACACACGACCCGUCGAGCGUUUCGCAGGCUACGCGACGUCUGACACCACCGGUGUCCUGUACACCGCAGACACCAUGGGUAUAAUCAAAGCCUGGAAUUUGGAGAAAGAAGAGGGGACACCGAUACGUUGGCGCGCGACCGUAAGAACUGAAUUCAAGCACCACCGCACCGGGGUGAACGACAUGGUCUUUGGCGCGGAUCAGCUGUGGACAGCCUCCUCGGAUGAGACCGUGCAGGUGCAGCACGUCGUGCCCCCAAAGGAGACGAAGCCGAUCCCGCCCAUCACGCACCCCGUCGCCGUCAAGGCUAUCCUGCACCUCGGGCUGACGGAGCUCGCCGAGCCGUACCUCAUCACGGGCGCCGGGGACGUCAUUCGCGUGUACGACGUAUCGUCCCCGGAGGAGCCGGAGCUGCUCAACGUGAUCGACGCGCACUGGCACGACGUGACCGCGCUCAGGCUGUGGGUGCGGAAGACGGUCGGUGAGGACGGGGUCACGAGGGUGGAGCCCUGGGUCGUCAGUGCCAGUCUGGACGGGACGUUGCGCAAGUGGCGGGUGUCGGAGCUGCUCAAGCCUGCGCCUGUACAAGCCGAAGCGGUGCCGAGCACGAAGGAGGAGCCUACCAAUGCGGAAAAGCCAUCCGGUCUGACCGAGGAAGAGGAGAGAGAGCUGGAGGAACUAAUGGCAGAAGAUUGA